AUGCCAAUUCGCUUCACCGCUUCGAAGCCAUCAAUUUUCUUCUAUGAACAGAAAAUAGGGCCAAGUGCACGCGACAUCGAUUUUGCCUCCCUCCCUGCCGAUUCCAUUGGCGCCGCUUCAUUCCCGUCGAAUGAUUCCCCUCUCGACUCUAAAAUGGUCUCGAUUCAUUAUCGCUUCGUCUUCCAAUGCCGCAUCGGAUCGGUUCGCCGGUUCGUUCCUUUCUUUGACGUCGCUUCGAAAACCGUCGAUUCCCUUCGCACUGUUUCCAUUAGCGCCGAAGAGUUGUCUGUCUUUUCCCAUACCUCUCAGUGCCUAUAUAAUGGUCAUCUGCUCUCCUUUCCUCCGCAUCCUGCGACAUCUCCGCUUCUGAGAAGAACUUUCACAUUUCUUCUCAGAGCCAAGAUAUUAAGAAAGGAAGCUAACAAAAUUCGGCUGAAAUUGCUCGGAUCUGAAUCUGAAUCUAACAAUAUCCAGCAAAAAUUGUUCGGAUCUGAAUCUGUGGAUGUCAUAAACCCAUUGGACUAGCUGUAUCAGUACAACGAUGGCAUCAUCUACUACUUUUCACAUCAGCUUCCGCCGUUUGUUGCGUAGUGUUUGUUCAAAAUUUUCCCUUCCUCCUCCGAAGUAUGGAAUCACUUUAGGUUCUGGUGGCCAAUUAUGUUCAUUUGUGGAUGUGGCGGUCCCUAGAUGUAGUCGAUUUAUGGAGGUUAUUACGUGUUGGGGUUCGCCUUCUACAGAUUCUAAUGAGACCGAGGAGGAUGCGGCUAGGGUUGCAGUCGAAACACUACGCAAAGAGCUUGAUUUCGAAAUUAGAGAUGCUAAUUACAAUGAAAGAAAAAAAGUCGAGGAUUUAUACAAUUGUGUUUCUCGAAAGUACGAAGAUCUUCGGAACGAAUGUGAUAUGCUUAAGAAGGAACAUGAUGUUCUUAAGAGAUUUUACAAUUCUUUAAUGGACGAAAAGAAUCGAAUUCUUGCUGAUUGGAAUGAGGUGACGGCACACCUUGAUAGUUGCUGGAGUCGACUUAAUCAAUCCGGCACUGUUCCAAUGGAGGCAGAACCAACGGUCUUUGCUGAGGCACAUGCACCUACAUCUGAAAAUCAUGCAGCGAUGAAUGAACCUCAUGUAUCAACGGCGUGUUCUGUUCCUCCAAAAAUAAUGGCUACGUUGGAGUCCUCGCCGGAGACUGAAGAGGAUCCCAAAGCUCCU